AUGAACGCCUUUCAAAGUGACGUCAGUUGGUUGCUAAGGCGUAGAGGUGGGAAGUUAGAGGCGCCCGUCUGGAAACGCUGAUUGGGCGAAACAAAGCCGUGACCCCGGCCUUUAUCCCCUUUAUUGCCCAAUGGUGAAGUAGCUUGGCGUGUGAUCGACGACACGUUGGAACCAGUAGCAAACAGAGGCUUUUGCCAUUGUCCAAUAGAAGAGGUGAUUGAUGAGGAAAGGUGUGAGCCUUAGAGGGUUGAUUGGCAGGAAUGGGGGGGAUGGGGACAGAGGAGGACUCGAAGGAGCUGAUAUGUCCGCCAUCUUGAAGAGUCGGUGAUGGUGGCGAGCAGUACUUUUCCCGCCUGAGCGGGGGGGUCCGCCAGGAGGGGGGGUAAGAGGCGCUCUUGAGGAGGCGGGGGGGGGGGUUGUGCGUUGGGCCCAUUUCAGCGCCUUGAGUUUAAUUGUUCUUCACGAGGCUCGAGGACAGUAAAGGCGGGAUGGGGGGGGGGGCUUCGUUCCUUCUUCCCUCUGAGGGAUCGGGUGGGGGCCGGGGAGGCCGAGGAACCGCUUGAGUGGGAGAUAGUCCUCCUCUCCCCCCGCCGCUUAGUCGCCCCUGUGAGCCGCCGCCGCCUCUCUUUCCCGGCCUGGAUCCCAUAGGGAAGCGGGAUGAGGCCUUCCUUUCUCCGUCUCUCUCACCCCUCACCUCCCAGCAGCGGCCUAAGCGCCUCGGUUUGUUUUGCUUCCUGAGAUGUGUCCCCCGCAGUCCCCCAGUUCUGCGUCGCAGCGGCCUGCGUCUCUUCCCCUCCCGCCUCCCUCAUUCUACCAUGUGAGGAGGGGUGGAAAGGAAGGGAGCCCCCGAAGCCUUUUCUUCUCCUGAAGGCCUUGUGGGGGGGGUCGUUGGUUGCUGCCGCCGCCUUCUCCGAAAGAAUGAGCGGGUAUUGGGGACCCCCUGGCCGCACCCCACGUCCUCCCAUUCCCUCGGUCUUUUCCCCCUUAGGGAGACUUUCGGCCGGUGUGCGAACUCCUCUGGGCUUCUUUUGAGGGGUGGAAGGGCGUGUAGAAAUUCCCAUUUCCUACAAAAAGAAAGGGGGGAAAUUGUUGUAAGCGGAUGACCUCUUUUCCCCGUAAACAACCUUUGGACUCGCUUCUUGGCUGAGCGAAGAUGUGAAAUGAACGUUUGCUUAAAGGGUAGCAAGAAGGUCUUGCGCGUUUGGCUUCUGGGAUGUGAACUUGGGUGGUGGGAGCUCGUUUGCGGUUUCCUGCAGCAGCAGCAGCAGCUGUGAUAUGACUGUAUUAAUAGAGCGGGAUACGAGCAUCCUGCUUCAGGCAAACACUUUGGGCGGGAUUUAAAGUUUUUAUCCCGCACAAAUAAAGCACGUUCUAGGUUGUUAGAUACUUCCUCUGCUCCGACGCGUUCUUUUUCCUGGCCGGGACAAAGUUAGAGGGAAAGUAUUAGCGUCAAUUGGAUGCUUUUUCAAGCAAUACUUAACUAUUUUUAGAUUGAGAAACUUAGUAAAAACAACAACUUCCUGCAACAAUCCUUGAUUUAAAAUCGAGGAGAGUUCUUUAUGUACUCUUGCAUUCUAAUAGAUAUUGCAACAUUUUUUUCUACCAGAACUGGCAGUUUCAUUUUAAACUAUGUACAGUACUUGUGUUAGUAACAUUGUGCAAUGUUUGUGAUAAUGCUGUCCUGUGGAAGCUAUGAGUUUAAUUAGUAAUACUAACAUCUGAACUCCACUAAUUUUUGAACUUUUGCUAGUGGGGCAAUUGAUCAGCCUGAUAGAGGGCCUUCAUUAUUUUGAUGGUUUCCAUGGGGAAGAUAUUGAGGGGAAAAGUCUUGCUGACAACAUCAGUGGAGUAAAAGGAAGAUACUGUAAGAGACUAGAUAGAACUAGACUUGAAUAAUAAAUAAUUGCUCAAAGGAUAAAAUGGGUUACUACUAAAAAUUACCAAAAAAAUGUUCGGAGUGCUCAGAUACCUAUGCUUUAGUAUCUAAUUCUGCAUGUACUUCCAGCCAGAUUAGGGUCAGGAAGGGUGGUUUUCCAUAUUGACUGAUGACUGGGUUUUUUUUCAUAUUUUCUCUUGUAUCAUGGUAUCCUUAUUGGCUUGAGCCAUCUGUAAACACAGCCUUUCCUACUACAGGCACAUCAAGAAAUGGUGCAGCUUUCUUGAUGUGCUAUGCAUUAGCUUUCUAGAUUUGAAUUCUUUAAUUCUGUUUCCACAGAUGGUACUUCCACUGACUCUUUCACCUCUCACCUCUGUAAGUAGAAUGGAGGGAAACCUACAUUAGCUAGCUAGAGCAUACAGUGCAUUUUAAAUAGAAUACUAUACCAUUUCCACUAUCAAUCUAUUUUAUUUUCAUCCGGGCUUUUAAUACAAAUCUCAAAGUGACAUUAACACCUGCAAGCGAUAUAUUCCAGGCUAAAAAUAAGCAUCAGUUAUGGAAAAUAAUGGCCUUUACAUAGAUUAGGUGACCAUAAAGUUCUUCCAACUUUUGAUUAUUUCAGUAUUUCAGUAUUUAAGAAUUUGAAGGGAAAGAUGAAAACCUUUAAAUAAUUAUUUAAUUUAAAACUUCUCUGUUGGAGAUAAAUUGUUUGUAUUUUCAAGGCUUAAAUAGGAUGGAAAUAUCACUAGAUAAACACCAUUUCUUGCAUGUCAUAGGAGACACAGGAUGAAGGCAUUUUUUCACUUUUCACAACUAAGGCUGCAAACCUAUACAGUGGUACAAAUGCUUCGGGUUACAAACACUUCAGUACCCACAAAUUUGGGCAUAAGUCCCAUUGAACUCAAAUGAAUAUUACAUUAGAGUAGAUAGGUAUAUGCUUGAGCAAGAAUCCAAGAGUCAAUUCUAAUGUAUAUUCUAGCCAGCAUAGGUUAAAUGCUAUUAUUCUGGAAGUGGGAUAAAUGAAAAGACUUUCACAUGUGACACUGGAACCGUUCUGGAAAUUAAGUUACAAAAUGCUUUGUGUUCCCAAUCAUAGAUAGAAGACAUGCCUAAACCCAGUGAAAUCAGCUAAUGUUAAAGCUGAUUCAGUCCUAUGUAGGGUGAAACUUACUUUUGAAAGUUAGUGGUGCUAUGCUUCUGCAAUACAGUAGUAGGUUAAUUAAACUAACCUUUACUCUUAGUCCCCAAACAGACCAGAUAUUACAGAUCUGUGGUCAAAACUAUCAUUUUCUCUUAGAAGUAGCCAUGAGGGCUCUGGGGGAUUUUUGAACCUUCUCCAUAUGCUUUUUUCCUGGGGUAAUCUCUGCCCACCUUUCAGCUACUACUUACACAAAUUGAGAACAUUCACAGGUGUGCUUACAGCUUCUCAUAGUGGGUCAAAUAGCAGACGUCUUUUGGCUGGGAGAGGCAUGAUUUGCAUUUGCAAAAUGGCAUACAGGAAAGAGUUAAAGUCCCUCUGUGCUGUGGACUUGAUGCAGUCUAGGAGCCUCUGUGGGUAUAUUCAAAAGAGAUCUGCGGCAUUGGGAGAUGAAUCACAAAUCUCAAGCAUUUCAUUUAGUAUCACUCUUAAUUUACUGUAAAACAUAAAGCCUAGCUUUUGACCUUGUCAUUAAGAUUGAAUUUGAGAUUGGGGUUUACUUAUGUUUGAUCUAAAAAUGCAUAUUGGAUCUAACAAUGUUGGAUUUUUGAGCAUGAAAAGGUGAUACCGGAGAAUGUUUAAGGCGUUGUGGAAUUAUGAUUACGUGAAUGAUUUUGUAGGUUCAGAUUGAUCGCUUUAGUGAAGGGCAUCACAAGGACACAGAUAAUCAAUUUAUUGGUAAAAGAUCAAGUCUGGCUUGCAUAGAUGCAGCCAAAAUGCACACUAAACCAGUAAUACCAGUCUCCACUGCAAAUAUAUUAACUAGAGCAACUGGUGGGGUAUAUGGGUUGUUAGGGGCAGUUUGAGUAUAUGAAGUAUUAGGGGUGGGAUACUACCUCUUGGGGACAUGUUGUGCUCCUUCUGGGGCAGCUUGUCCACCUUUGGUCCCCACCCUGCACUUAGCUCUUACCUCUGGCUCCUAGAAGCUGUCAGCAAGCAACAGCAAGUGGACACACCCCAUGAAAUGGCUUCAACUGGCUGGCUAAACUGGGCAAGGGUAGCUGAUGGGUCUCAAACCUUUGGUGAGUUAGAGACAUCCCUUGCAUGAAAAGACAGGCUCUGGUGGAUUGAGCAGACAAGACCAAAAGUGGGUCCAAUAGUCAAGAAGCCAAUUUCUGCAUGUGCUGUAGAGGGAAGUGAGGGGCAGGUGGGGCACGUCAACCUGGGAAGGUAGCCCACCUAGGAGAAGGGAAACUCCUAUCCUAAACCUCUACUGCCUUGCUGAAUACAUUUGGGAGAAGAAAAGGCUACACAAAACCAUACACAGGGACUCCAUCCAGAGUGGAGUCCCUAAGAUGGUUGCAUGGCACUGUGUAUGCCUCCUGUCAACUGCUGUAGCCAAGCUGACACCAAUGUAUUGCUCUGCUUUCUUUUGGACCACGUCAGUGAUGCUGAGAGGAGGGUCUUGUCUAGGUAGCCCAAGACCUCAAUACACACUGCUAGGCUUGCGCCCCAAGUUGCUGCUAGGGCUUAGCCGCUGGAGGCGCAUUCUGUUGUCUCUCGAGGCAGACUGGUGCCAACAGAGCAACUGGUUUGUAUGUAGAAUUCACAAUAGCAGUUUGUUCUGGAUUAAUUCUUGAAUAUAAGACUGAUACCUCUGUGUGUAAGUCCUUUGCAUUUUCACAUUCUGGUAAGAACUUGGAAUACUGUAGUGUAGCCUAAGUGCUAGUAGGUCAUGCCUAAGUGAUGGGUUAGGAACAACAUUUUCCCAAGUGAGAAACAUGUUAUAAAUGUUAAUGCUGCUUUACAUUUAUUUAGACUUGAUGUGCUGGGAAAAGUUGCCAAAAAAUAGUAUGCAUCUCUGAAGUUGAGCAAUGAAAGUGGCCAAGUUGGGUAAUGAUACCAAAUUAUUGAAAGUGGUAAAAACAAAAAGUGGUUAGGAGACAUUCCAAAGGGAUCUCUAGACUGAAGUGAUUCAUGUUUUAUAAUGGUGGCUAAAUUGGUAGUGACUGACCUUGGGCUACUUGAGGUGAUAUGAAAAGUGCAGAUUUCCUAUUUGGGAUCAUUAGAAAAGGAUUGAAAAUAAAACUGCUAGUACAGUGCCAUUGUACAAAUCUAUAUAAUGAACUUUGAAUAUUCUGUAGAGUGCUGGUUGUUGUACCUCAAAAAGAGGCUAUUGUAGAGCUGGAAAUUUUUUAGAGAAGGUCAGUCAAAAUGAUCAGUGGGCUGGAGCAGCUCUUCUGUGAGGAAAGAUUACAAUGUUUGGGGCUUUUUAGUUUACAGAAAAACGCAAGAAAGAGGGGACAUGAGAGAGGUGUAUAAGAUUAUGAAUGAUGUAAUAAAGAGAAGUUUUUCUCCCUCAUACUAGAACCAGUGGCCAUCCAAUAAAGCUGCAUGUUGGAAGGUUUAGGACAGACAAAAGAAAGUACCUCUUCACAUAGCAUAUAGUUAAUCUAUGGAAUAAGGUUACCAGUUUGGAUGGCUUCAAAAGAGGUUUAAUUCAUUGAGAAGGAGGUAUUCAAUGGCUACUCACCAUGAUGGCUAUACUAUGUCCGUUGUCUGUAUGCCUCUGAAUACUAGUUGCUGGGAAUCACAAGUAGGGUGAGUGGUGUUAUCCUCAGGUGUGGCAGGCUUCCCAUAGGCUUCUGGUUUCCCACUGAGAACAGGAUGCAGGACAAGGUAGGUCUUUGGUCUGAUCCAGCAGGGCUCGUCUAAAAAUUACUGAGUCUUUUAAAGAUAACUUGAAGUAGAACAAACAGUAUUGCAGGAAACAAACCUGGGAGUACUGUGUAUCUAAAUAGUCUGCUCUUGAUUAUUUAGUGAACUUCAGAGCCCUAUGUUUCCACUGCCUUCAGAUGUUUCACUAGAAGCCCACCAUGCUUGAAAUGGAUCUAAAAGGUUUGUACACUACCUGUCCUAGUGGACUAUUUGUAGAACAUACCUUAAUUGGUAGAGCAUUAGACUCUUAAUCUCAGGGUUGUGGGUUCAAGCCCCAUGUUAGGUUAAAGAUUCUGGCAUUGCAGAGGGUUGAACUAGAUCCUCAUAGUUCUUUCUAACUCUGCAAUUCCAUGAUACUAUUCUUGUUUUGAUGUUGUAGUGAAGAUGCUCUUUCUGGUAGCAAUUUCAUGGUCUUCUAACAGCAAUGGUGUUGUAGACAUCUGCUCAACCUAAACUAUAAUAAAAUAACGAUACCUUUGGGUAGAUAGGGAAAACCAUGGCUUCAUUUGCAGUUAAACCUAGGAAUAUAUAUUUGAGGGGGGAAAUGUUCUUUUGGUCACUGGUUGAGGCAAUGAGCUGCGUUUCAAAUGCAUCAUGGUUGGAGUUGAAGUUGAAAUGAAAUACAGGUCUAACAAGGUUAAAAGGCAUAAGCACACUUCUACAGAUUUUUUUACAAGUCAGUAUAGAAUUAAUACUGUUUAGCCUAGUUCUUCUCACUCUGUUCUCCUCCCUCCACCUCACCGCCAUCGUUUGAAAGAGAAUGUUUCCUCAGAACAUGCAGUUUCCAUGAGCCAAUCAUUUCUCUGGUUGCUUGUGCUUUGAAGGGCUGGGCCCCGUUGAAAGCCCUCAGCCUCACGAUCCUCAUGAAUCAGAGGUUUGCCUUUGCCAAAUAAAUGGUUAAUUGCUACUUGUUUUUAUAGUAUUGUAAGUCCCAUGUAAGGGGGUAAGGACUGCUUAGAAGAACCCUGAGUACAGACUUUCUCCCUUCAGAACCCUGUGUGAGGAAUUAUCCUUGCUGAAGAAUUAUCCUUUCUGAUUUGGACCAUUGAUCUUGGUUUCAUAAGUAUUGAGAAGUUUCAGGGGAUGUUUCAAUUUACCCAGAUUUAGGUUCCUUUGGAGGGAGGUAGCGCUGGAUGUCUGUUUUUGUAGUAGUUUAAUUUGUUUUAUUUAAAAAUAAACCAGUCGAACAUACUUGGGAACAAAUAGUUCGUGCACAUUAUAUCUUCCAAGAAAAUCACCCUUAAACCCCCAGAUGUUUUUAGCUUACUGCUCUCAUUCUGCUACCUAUGUGGCUCUGCCUCUGUUUCCCAAAGCUGUUCCGCUAGUGCUCUCAGGUGCUGCAUCCCUUCAUUUGGAAGGGGAUGAUGAGUCAUUUUGGCUAAAUAUGGCGUUCUCUUCCCAACUGUUUCCUAGCUCUCCUGGAUAGAGAUGUAUUUUUUUAUUUUUAAGAAAUCUGAAGCCCCACUUCUGGAAAUGCUGUUUUUCUGGGUUUUUCCAGGGUUCCCCCCUCCUCUGGAAAAAUGUUUUUUUGGGGGGAGGGAACACAAUACUUGUUUUUAAAGUACAGUGGUACCUCGGGUUACAUACGCUUCAGGUUACAGACUCCGCUAACCCAGAAAUAUUACCUCGGGUUAAGAACUUUGCUUCAGGAUAAGAACAGAAAUCGUGCUCCGGCGGCGCGGCAGCAGCAGGAGGCCCCAUUAGCUAAAGUGGUCUUCAGGUUAAGAACAGUUUCACGUUAAGAAUGGACCUCCAGAACGAAUUAAGUUCUUAACCUGAGGUACCACUGUAAUCUUUCUAUUUCAGAAGUCAGUUUCUUAUCAUAGAAUUUUGUCUGGUAUAUACACUUUUUCAGAAAUAAUUACAAUUUGAUUUCCCCCCAAGUUUCUGUUACAUGUUAUUAUUAAUAUAAAAAUGUAUACCACCCUUCACCCAUAGAUCUCGAGGCAGUUCACAACAUAAAAAUACAAGUUAAAAAGCACAAAAUACAUAAUAAAAGCAAACCAAUAACCCCCUCCCCCCUCCAACAAACCUUUAAAGGGAAUAGGAUGUUAAUCAGCCCAAGGCCUGGUUGAAGAGGAACAUUUUCUCUUGGUGCCUAAGGUGUAUAAUGAAGACGCCAGUCGAACUUCCCUGGGGAGAGCAUUCCACAAGUGGGGAGCCACUACAGAAAAGGCCCGUUCUUGUGUUGCCACCCUAUCAACCUUGUGUGAAGAAGGCACCCAAAGAUGGGCCUCAGAUGAUGACCUUAGGCCUGGGUCAGUUCAUAUGGGGAGAGGUGGUCCUUAAGCUACAAGCUGCUGAACUGUAAGGAACCUAGUAUCUCUGAGGUUUUUUAUUACGAAAUUUACUACAUAUCCUUCUGACUUCCACAAUUUCAAGCACUCAUUUCCAUAAAAAGCUGAGAAAAAGAGUAAUUUACAUAAUAAGGCAGUAGGCAUGCUUGAUCACUGACUUUCAAGGAGUCAUUUUUGGCCACCUUCAUCCUUUCAUGUCCAUUCUCCAGACUCCUACAGAGUGACCAUAUAGUAAUGUUGGAGAUACUGUGGAAACCAGUUUUCCUGAAAUGCAUGUAUCUGUCAGGGAAGGAUAAAAAUAAACAAUUAUAAAGGUUUCAAGAAUUCCAGGUCGCUAGUGUGGCAGCACCUACGCUUUGGAACCCCUGUUAUAUUUCAGACUCAAACCUCCUCUAUUGUCUUUUGAAGAUUUUACUUUUUCCAACAGGCUUUUAAGUAGGGUUGGUAUUUGUAUUGCCUUUAUAUAUAUGUUCUAAAAUGUUUUUAUACAUGUAGGUAUUCUAUAUAUGUUUGGAAACUAUUCAGAAAAGAAAUUAUUUCUCCCCACCAAACCCAUUGAUUCCUGAUGCCAUGAAGAAGCACUAUUCUACCCAGUUACUACUGGCCUUUGCUUCUGAAAAAAAUUAGGCACUGAAGAACUAGUAAUCACUCCUGAGGAUCUUUUGAAAAAUUGAAAUGCAACUGUUGUGGGCUGCAGAUCAGUGCAAUAAUGGAGAGUUGCUGUUUUCAAAACAACUUUUACCCACCUGUCUACUUCCUCUACUCUGAUUACAUUUGUUGCCCCAAAACUGUAUUUCAGUUCUCAAACAGCUUUUGUUGGGGUUGGUCAUGACUCAUGAGUACCUAGUUUGGCUCUUGGUCUUUGAAGAAAUUCUCUUACUUGGUUAUGUUUCCAUGUAUACAGGGAAUGCUGAACAGAAACCCUUAAUUUCACAAAUAUUCCUCUUGUUCCCUUAAUGUGUAUGAUUAGGACUUCUGACCGGAGGUUUAUAAAUUAUGUUUCUACACAGCAUCAAGGCUUUAUUUAGUUCCAGAUCAUAACCAAUUAGCAUUCAUUCUCAUUCAGGAAAUAAAUGAAUCAUGUUAUUGGAAACUUGUUUUUAAUCUCCAGCAAAAAGGACUGCUUUGAAACAUUCUAUCUUUAUCUAGUAAAAGUGAUUAUUCAACAGUCUUUUGCAUUGACAUUUGGUUUGAAGUUUCAUUAUCCUAUUUGCUGCUUAAAUUGAAAAUGGUCAUUAGUAUCUGAGGGCACUCAGCAGAAACAACAUUUCCAUUAUAAAUGUAAACUCACUGAACCCACACAAUUUUGGGAAUUACAGCUUUGUAAAUGUGUGUUUUGGCUCUCAUUUCCUUAGAGAAUGUAGUACUCAUUUAUUAAAAAAGGAAAUUGUAUGAUUUGGUUAGUAUACUGUUCCAUGUAAAUCAGUAUUGUAAGACAGAAUAUGGAGGGCUAAUAGUAAUGAACUAUUGCAGUUGUUCUGGUGAUUAUAAUGCUCAGGAUCAAAAGGAGUACUUGGGGUAUACUUGGGCAUACCUGAUGUUCUCUGUUUCCCCUACGAGUGGACACCCCAUACCACAUAAUAAACUGCUCCUGAAAGGCUCCUUGCUUCAAAAGUGGUUUUCCAUGUAUGCUGCUAUUCAAGAACUACCACCCAACACAGUCCCUUUGGUUAAACAAUGAUUGAGUUGUCCACUUGUUUUGAUCCUGGACGCCAUUCAUAUCAUUGAUUUUAAUACCACAUGGUGUACAAAAGCAUAUAGUAGUUCUGAAUUUCUAUCCCUUUUAGAAUUUAAAGACUUAGAACCAGUGUUCAAAACUUGUCCUAGGGGCAUUUUGCGACAGGGAAUUUCAUUAGCUCUGGGCGCUGUACUGCACCUAAGAUUUCAGAUUAAAACUGCAAAGUGGAAGGAAAGGAGGACCUUUUUCUGCCUCCCCACUUCCAGCUACUCUCUGAAGACUGGAGAAGAGACCCUCUUAAGACUAUUAGGGUGGUGGGCAGGGGAAGGACUAGACUAUGUGAAAAAUGAACAUAAUAUUUUAGCUGCAGUUCAUACAUUUUCAGCUUUGUAUUCUUGUAUUUUCAGCUUUGUAUUCUUGUUAUAUAAAAGCGCGCCUAGACUUUCCGUUGUUGCGCCCAUAAUCUAGGUUUAAGGUGCCAUUUAGCGCCUAGUUUUUAUAUCUUUCUAACACUGCUUAGAACUAUAAAUAAAAACUGCACGUUAUUUUGAUUAAUGUUCAUAAUCCAUACCAAACUGCUUUUUUAAAUGCAGUGUGUGUGUUUGUGAGGGGGGGAAUAAUAAUGUUUGAGAAUACUAGCAAUUGAAAUGGGGAAGAGUUAAAUUGGGUACCUUUGCUUUGGUGUUUAUUGAAACAUUAUGGUUCCUGCAAAUAGCCUCAGCAGUUUCUCCAAGUACAGUUUAAGCUUUUCUCUCUACCGUUGUGUGAAAUAUGUGAGAGACGUUACCCUGAUUAAAUUGCUCUCAUGUUACUAGCUCUCAAUAUAUUCCAUUAUUGAGGUGUUCAUUAUUGACUUCACUAAUGAAAUUGUGUUGACAUUAUAAAAUUGUAUUGUGUUUUCUCAUAGGAAGAAAUCGGCUUCAUCUUAACCUAAUUCAGCCUGCUAAUCUGCUAAUACUGUAGAUUUAAAGAUUUUGCUGCUGCCUGGAUACCCUGUAAUGGGCAAGGAGCCACAAAGAAUACAUUUUUUUUUUCUUUUUAAAAUUUUCUGUUAACAGGUAAGAAAUACCACCUAGUAUGCUUCUGCAGAUGUUGCUUAAUGUUUUGGUGUUUGCUUCUUCCCCUAAAUAUUGGCUAAACACAAUGCUUUAGGCAUUCUUCCAAUAACUUUAUUUCUUGCUCUUUGCUUUUCCCCCUUUUUUCUUUUGAAGCCCUUAGCUACACAUGCAGUUUAUCUCCAUUACUAAUGACUUAAAUUCAAUUUAGGAUCAAUAUGGCAUCAACACUGCAAGUUUUUUUGUGCAUGUUUACAAAAAUGGCACUUAACCUGAUUUGUAAGUCCUGUUUUGGAACAGGAAUUGAAGCCCUGGGUCGCUGGAAAAUAAUCCAUGAUCAAGUCAUGUGCAUGUUCACUAUACUAAAUCUGAUUGAAUAGGAUUGCCUGGGUUUAAUUCCUUUAUGUGAAAAUGGUUUUGCCUUUAACUGAAGUUUGCUUCUUGAUGCUUCCUCAACAUUACUUAAUGAUAGUCUUUCUGUUGAGUUGGGAGGUGACUUAUCAGUAUCGUGUGAUUUGUUUAGAUUCUUAAUUAUUGUGACAGUGCUGCAAGAUUGAGUUUCAAUUGCCAUUACUUGAAUAUAUGCCGCUUUUCUUGCCCCCAUUAGAAGCCGGAAGUACCUCCCUAAAGGCUAAAGAAGUCAAGCACAUAGUGACAAGUUUUUGAAAAUUAUUAUAUGUUAAAAUGGUGACAUAGAGGAGAGUGUUCACAUUUGCCAUUACUGAUGUUAUUUGCUAAUGUAACAUUUGGAGAGAAUACUGCUUAGAUAUUUUACUUGUUACUUGUUUAACCAUGCCUGUGUUUCUGAGCUAGGUUUAAAUGUCCAGUUAGGCUACUUUGAGCAACUUUUCCCUGCUUCUUUGGACAGAGGAUGAGAAAGCUUCACACUGCCAAGUGUUAGUGGUUACUUGUAUAAAUUCUAAAUGUUAGGUUCCUUCUUUGCAAGGAAAUGAUUUUGUAUGAGCACUCCUGUGGCUUAAUGUAAGGUGGUAAAUGGCCUUCAGAAUGCCAGCAGUACUUGUUAGCAUGUUUGCUGCAGCACCUCUUUGAAGGGUGUUCACAACUGAAAGGCACUAUUUCCAUUUGGUGCCUGCCUAAGUCAUAGCAGUGUGGGCACCUGAAGCUAGGAUUUUGAUCUCCUAAAAUGGGUAGUCUUUACAAGAGGAGGUGGUCUUUGGGGCACUUUUUGGAGGUCACAAGACACUGCAGCUUAAUCUGAAUGCAACUAAAAUAUGGAUAAUGGAAUAAGACCUACUUCCUCAGGAAGCUGGGGCACCAACCAAAUUUGGUGAAAGGUGCUUCAAGCUACAAAGGCUACUUGAACGUCUGAAGACCAAUGCUGGAUCCAAAUCCAUGUGUGACCUGUCCAAAAACAGGUGAACACAGUUCUGUAGUAUGGUAAAUUCCUCACCAACAAUGUGUCAUAAAGGGAUUAAGCUUGCAUUUUUUCCCUCAGCCAGGCAGUGACUGAUUCCAGACACUCUUGUCUGUCUUAAGAUGUGUACUAUAUUUCUGCAUGCAGGUCUCUGCUUAGCACAAAUUUGAAAGCUGGCAAUGUAAUUCAACCAUACACUACCAAAAGGUGAGCUUAUAAAGAAAGCAGAAGCAACCUGAAACAAAUAGUGACUCUUAACCCGUUGCAUGUCACAGGAAAUCUUGGCUUUCUUAUCAAAUUGUUUCCUGACAUUGCUGACACUUCACUAGUCUCCUGGUGCAAGUGGGAUCAAUUAACCACAAUUCCUGGCUUAGUAUUGUGUCCAAACUGGGGGCUGUGGUUUAUUCUGCUCAACUAGCAUCAAGAAGCUGAGGACAAAUGUUGAUUUCAUAUUGUGACUACUGUAAUCUGAAAAUGGAGCAUUUAACUUCAUAUUUUCCUUCAAAAGUAUAUGCCUUCAAAAGUUGGUAACUUAUUAAACAUUAACAUUGAAUUGUUCUAAGUUCUGCUAAACUAACUUCCUCUCUCAUGCACAUGCGAAAGGGAAGAGAGGUGGGGGUGCAUUAUGGUAUAUGUUAAUUCUGUUUAUACGACUAAGUAGCCAGAUUUUAAAUACUGAAAUGGAUUCCAACUUCUCUGUGUUAAUUCAUUGGAAAGUAGAUGCAAAAGUAUCUUAGUUACAUGAGAGGAUCUAACAACAUUGAAGGCAAGGGAAAAAGUUAUUCAACAAUGUCCUCAAGGUUGGGGUGGGCACACUUUAGCCUUGUGGAAUUUACCCCCCCCCCCCCCAAGAACUGAGGCCCAUGAACCACAGACAGGUAUAAAACAGUUGCUGGUGGGAUGGAUGGCAACAUACUCUUAGAACUAAGAAGCAUGAGUGCCUAUGAGCACAUGCUCAUCCCAGGAAUUUAUUUUUAGUAUCAGAACUGAGCUCUUUGGGGUGGUUAGCUAGUAGGUCAGGAUCUAUUGAUAGAUCACUGAGUGAUUUUUCAGUAGAUCAACAAGGCUUAUGUGGCCUAAUUGUUUAACAACUCUUACCUCCCAACUAGACAGUGAAAUCCUUCCUUCAUUGUUCAAAUUAACCUCUAGAUAUGUUAAGAAAGUUGACCAACCUAGCAUGGUACAACUUUCUUAAGAUACCUAGAGGUUAAUUUGAACAAUGAACAUCAUACCAACUUGUGCUAGUUAUUUGGGAGUGUGUGUGUGUUUACUGUAGAAGCUGCCAUUCUUGGGAUUUUCCUUGUUAGCUACUGAGUUGAAUGACAAUUGCGGGGAGAGCUCAGAUAUUCUCACAAUGUAGCCUCCAAGUCAAAUGCCCAUUGACACUGGUUGAUAGGAGGAGUUUGGCUAACUGGUAACGAUGGUGGAUACCACCCAGUGGCAGACAUUCUUUGACUAAAAGGGCUUCUCUUUCUUAGGUGAAUUGUAUACUUUAUUCCUUGAUUCUUUGAAUAAAAGUUACUGUGUUGGUGAAUAUGAUUGUGAUACCUGGUCUGUGGACUACCUUCUAUUUGUAUUAAGACAGGAGGAUUACAAUAAAAAACAAAAGUUCAUUCUAUGUGCAGGCGUGGUCGAGGCAAGGAGGGCUGUUUUUGA